CUCUCUUCCCCGCCAUCAUGUCAACCCUAAACCCCUCCUCCGACUUUGACAUCAACAACCAGCUGCUUCCCAAUAUUGUUGACCACUAUGCUCAAGUCAAACCCGAUGCCAUCUACGCCGAAUACCCCGUCAAUCCCGUGAGCUAUGACGACGGGUACCGCCCCAUCACCUACAAGGCAUUUGCCAACACCAUCAAUGGUCUGGCCAAGUUCCUGACCGAGACCUUGGGACCGGGUCAUGGCGAAAUCCUCAGCUAUCUGGGUCCCAAUGACCUGCGCUAUCCGGCUUUAGUGAUGGCUGCCCUCAAGGCGGGAUAUUGCAUGUUCAUGACCUCGCCGCGAAACAGUGCUGCAGCGCACCAGUCUCUAUUCACCAAGCUGGACUGCAAGACGCUGCUGGCACCUGUGCCGCGACCCCCCUUCAUUGCGGGGAUCCUGGAAGCUCAUACCCUCAAUGUCGUCGAUAUGCCGGGUCUCGACGAACUCCUCACCACCGAGUACCCCCAUUUCGUAUACACCAAGACCUACCCAGAAGCUGCCUCGGAGCGAAUGGCCAUCAUCCACACCUCCGGGUCAACGGGAAUCCCCAAGCCCGUUAUCUGGACCCAUGACAGUGCCGUCAAGCACAUGCACAUGAAUGUCAUGGAACCGCCCGAGGGCCACGAAUGCCAGGGGCACUGGGGCUUUGGCAAGAGGAUGUAUCUGACAUUGCCCCCAUUCCAUGCUGCGGGACUGGGCCACAUGAUCUUUGUGACGAUGCCCGUGGACACCACCAUCAUCAUCCCCACGUCGGCUGGCCUUCCCACUGCUGCUGCCCUGGUGGCAGCUCGGAAGCAGACCCCUUUCGAAUUUGCCAUGGUCCCGCCAUCCUUGCUGCAGGAACUGGCCCAGACCCCAGAGCUCCUAGACUACUGUAGCACUCAGAUCGAGUUCUUGUGCUACGGAGGAGGCGAUGUGCCCCAGGAGAUCGGCAAUGCCGUCGCCCGCAAGAUCAAGCUCGUAAAUGCGUACGGCGCGUCGGAAUUAGGCAACUUGAGUCUCAUCCACUCAAAGACAAACCGCGAUCCUCUCACUGAUUGGCGCUACUUGCAUUUCCAUCCCGCGACGGGGGUCGAAUAUCGCCAUGUCUCGGGGGGUGAGUACGAGAUGGUGUUGGUCCGUACUCCGGAGCGCGAAGCCUACCAGUUCACCUUCACCAUCUUUCCAGAGCUACAAGAAUACCAUCCCAAUGAUCUGAUGGUCCGUCAUCCGGAUCCUGCUAAACCUGAUCUCUGGCGUCCUUCGGCCCGUACCGACGAUAUCAUCGUCUUUCUGAAUGGCGAGAAAACCAACCCGGUCUCCAUGGAACAGCAUAUCAUCACAACGAAUCCGGAGGUCACCGGAGCUCUGGUCGCUGGCUCGCAGCGCUUCCAGGCCGUCCUGCUCGUGGAACUCGGUCUCAGCGCCAAAGCCCUAAGCAUGAGCGAGCGCGCCGCCAUCAUCGAGAAGCUCUGGCCCAGCAUCGAGCAUGCCAACACGCAAUGUCCGGCUCAUGCCCGCAUCGCAAAGAGCCAUAUCCUCUUCACCACCCCGGAGAAGCCCAUGCUUCGUGCAGGCAAGGGCACGGUUCAACGCGCCGGUACUCUUGCUCUCUAUGCCCAAGAAUUCGACGACCUGUACGCCGACGCGGACAAGUUGGCGCAGCAUGAUGCAGGUGACCUCGUCGGGCCAGGCAGCGUCGACGAUGUCACCAAAGUCGAACAAUACAUCCGAAGUGUCAUCUUGGCCAUCACGGGAUGGGAUCCAACCCUCUCCGACACCGAAAACUGGUUCAAUCUCGGCCUCGACUCCCUCCAAACCAUCACCACCACGCGCAUCCUCAAACACGGCCUCAACCUCCCCUCCCUCACUCCAAACCUCAUCUACCUCCACCCCACCAUCGCGGGAUUAGCCCACGCCGUCCAGCACCUCCACCAGCACCGCGAACAGUCCGCCGAAG